GUGUCUCCCUCUCCCUCUCGCUCCCUCUCUCUUCUCCCUCUCUCUCUCUUUUGUGAGUUAUAGCAACCGUUGCCUUGUGAAUCAAGCGCCAUAGUCACCGUAGUCCUGGCGACUGUUACCCAUCAACAACAACUACUCCUCUCCUCCUCCUCCUCCUCCUCCUCCUCUUCCUCCUCCCCACCACCACCAUCUCCAUCACCCACCAACAACACCACAAUAAUCCACAGCCAAGUCCCAGCACAGUUGAAGAAUAUAGCACAGUUGCCUCAGUAUUGAUGGCUCGCUCUACUGGGAGCAUCUCUCUGGAGACCAUCAUGCAGACAUCAGAGACCGGGUCGGACACAGGUUCGACAGUGACUUUACAGACAUCUGUGGCUAGUCAAGCAGCAGUGCCUACACAGGUGGUUCAGCAAGUACCAGUCCAACAACAGGUGCAGCAGGUGCAGACCGUGCAGCAGGUGCAGCAUGUCUACCCAGCUCAGGUGCAGUACGUGGAGGGGAGUGACACUGUCUAUACCAAUGGAGCGAUCCGAACAACAACUUACCCUUACACAGAAACACAGAUGUACAGCCAAAACACUGGAGGGAAUUACUUUGAUACUCAAGGGAGCUCUGCACAGGUGACUACCGUGGUCUCAUCUCACAGUAUGGUGGGCACCGGUGGGAUUCAGAUGGGCGUCACAGGAGGACAACUCAUCAGCAGCUCUGGAGGAACCUAUCUGAUCGGCAACUCAAUGGAGAAUUCUGGACACUCGGUGACACAUACCACUCGGGCUUCCCCAGCGACAAUUGAAAUGGCGAUUGAGACGCUGCAAAAGUCUGACGGUCUGUCCACUCACAGAAGCUCUCUUCUCAACAGCCAUCUCCAGUGGCUGUUGGACAAUUACGAGACAGCAGAAGGAGUGAGCCUUCCCAGAAGCACUCUGUACAACCACUACCUACGACACUGUCAGGAACACAAACUGGAUCCAGUCAAUGCUGCUUCUUUUGGAAAACUAAUAAGGUCAAUUUUCAUGGGACUACGAACCAGGAGAUUGGGAACUAGAGGAAACUCCAAGUACCAUUACUAUGGGAUUCGUGUCAAGCCUGAUUCCCCUCUUAAUCGCCUCCAAGAAGAUAUGCAGUAUAUGGCUAUGAGACAACAACCCAUGCAACAGAAACAAAGGUACAAGCCUAUGCAGAAAGUUGAUGGGGUUGCAGAUGGUUUCACAGGAAGUGGUCAACAAACAGGCACAUCUGUUGAGCAAACUGUAAUUGCCCAAAGUCAACAUCAUCAACAGUUUUUAGAUGCAUCUCGAGCACUUCCAGAGUUUGGAGAAGUUGAAAUCUCUUCUCUGCCAGAUGGUACUACCUUUGAGGAUAUCAAGUCACUGCAGAGUCUUUAUCGAGAGCACUGUGAGGCAAUAUUGGAUGUUGUUGUGAAUCUUCAGUUUAGCCUGAUAGAAAAAUUGUGGCAAACAUUCUGGCGCUAUUCUCCCUCAACUCCAGCUGACGGCACUACCAUUACCGAGUCAAGCAAUCUGAGUGAAAUAGAAAGUCGACUUCCGAAAGCAAAGCUGAUAACUCUGUGCAAACAUGAGUCUAUCCUGAAAUGGAUGUGUAACUGUGACCAUGGGAUGUACCAGGCUUUGGUGGAGAUUCUCAUCCCCGACGUCCUUAGACCUAUUCCUAGUGCCUUGACCCAAGCCAUUCGAAAUUUUGCAAAAAGCCUUGAAGGUUGGCUUUCCAAUGCCAUGAACAAUAUUCCACAAAGAAUGAUACAAACCAAGGUUGCAGCUGUAAGUGCCUUUGCCCAGACUCUGCGAAGAUACACGUCGCUCAAUCACCUGGCCCAGGCAGCUCGUGCAGUGCUUCAGAACACUUCUCAGAUCAACCAGAUGCUCAAUGACCUCAACCGUGUCGACUUUGCCAAUGUCCAGGAGCAGGCUUCCUGGGUGUGCCAGUGUGAUGACAACAUGGUUCAGAGACUAGAAACAGACUUCAAGAUGACUCUUCAGCAGCAGAGCACCCUGGAGCAGUGGGCAGCGUGGCUCGACAAUGUGAUGAUGCAAGCACUGAAACCCUAUGAAGGAAGACCCAGUUUUCCUAAAGCUGCCAGGCAAUUUCUGCUUAAAUGGUCUUUCUACAGCUCAAUGGUUAUUCGGGACUUAACUCUACGCAGUGCUGCUAGCUUUGGCUCCUUCCACCUGAUCCGUCUACUCUACGAUGAAUACAUGUUCUACUUAGUAGAACAUCGUGUUGCUCAGGCAACAGGAGAGACACCCAUAGCAGUCAUGGGUGAGUUUGGUGAUUUAAAUGCUGUGUCUCCUGGAAAUCUGGAUAAAGAUGAAGGCAGUGAAGUGGAAAGUGAAAUGGAUGAGGAAUUAGAUGACUCUUCAGAACCUCAAGCCAAAAGAGAGAAAACGGAGCUGAACCAGGCGUUUCCAGUGGGUUGCAUGCAGCCCGUUCUCGAGAGUGGCGUGCAGCCAAGCCUCCUGAAUCCAAUUCACAGCGAGCACAUCGUCACAAGUACUCAGACUAUCAGACAGUGCAGCGCUACAGGAAAUACCUACACUGCAGUCUAAAGGAUAUUAAAGUGUAUUUUUCCAGCUAACAUUAACCCUGUUGAUAUUGGGCUUAAGUUGAAAUUUUGAUAAGCCUGAAGGUCGACUGUUGUCAAAUACUAUCUGUGCUGAACAUUACCUUUUCGGAGUUGUGAAAUGGAAUGGGUGUAUGUAUUUUGCGAGGUCUUUUUUUUUUUUUUUAACAUAAACAAAAUUAUUUGCCUCUUAAUAAUGAGUUUUUUUCCCUUAGUUUUGGGUGUCAAGAAGGAUUUUUACAACACUUAAUGUCAGUGUUUUUGUUUUCUUAUAAUUAAAAAGUAAUUUACAUUUUUGUAGCUUAAAAUAUUUUAUUGUUGAUUGUUAGUCUUGGUGUAUGAUUUCAUGUGUAAGUUUUUAAUUAGAUGCACUUCUGUGAAAUAUCAAAAGAAAUGAUUUCUUUGAUUUACACUGGAGGCAUGCACAUUUGGCAGCAGAUGCAUCAAAGUUGCUUUUGAAAGGUGCUUUUCAUCGGACAGAACCGCAAGACACUAUUUUGAUAACAUUUUGGAGUACGGAGAGAGAAUACAAAGCAUUUUUAUUAUAGUGCUAGAGGGUUGGGAAGGUCAUCUAUUUUUCUCUGAAGAAAAAUUGAGCUGUGCAUUUAUCAGUUCAGAGUAAAUGACAGAAUGGCAAGAGAUUAUGCUAAUAAGUACAUAAUUUGUGUACAUAAUUAUUAAACCAUGUUAAUGCAAGCUUCCGUUAAACAUUGAAGUUUAACUGUUAUUUGCAUACCAAUUCCUCUGUUUAAAGACUACUGAUUCUGUAUUUGGGACCACUGCACAGAUGCAUUCUGCUGUUGAGUGGGGCUGUUGUAGUUAGAUACUGAAGCUGAAAAAAAUGACUUGACUUCUUUUUUUUUUUUUUUAAGUGUACACGCUACUUAUGCUGAGCUGGACAUACAGGAAACCAUUCCAUUUGGAUGACUUUCUUUUAUUCCAGGUCUUUUUCCUAAUAGUAGUUCAAUGUGCUGCUAUUGUAAAAGAAAAUUUAUAGAAUGCAAGGAAUGUAGCAACCUGCAUAUCGUUAUUUCCUUCAAAAAUAUUUCCUGGUUUCUAAAGUACGUGGAUUUAAAUUUUAAACAGAACCUGAAGGCAGUGUAACUGGCACACCGCACUGCUGCUUAUCUCCAAUUCUGUCGGAUUUGGAUAGGUGGCUGGGUGGACCAGUGCCAUUGAAGAAUGUACAUCAGGGAUCAUCGUACCUCGGCUAUUACAUGGUGCCUUAAAACAGAACUGAAGCUAAGGUUUAGUAAGGCUUAUUUUGUUCAUGUGAAUUCCUUUUCAAUCCAUUUGACAAGGUGUGCCUGUCAUUUUCAGAUUGCCGAAGUGAGGACAGGUAACAUGUUCUUCAAAGGAAAUUUAGGGAAAGCUAAGCAAAACAAAAAGACAAAAAUCACUUCCCCUCUUCGAGUGACCAUGAAUUUAUUUUUGUUCCUAGAGCUGAAGAUUACUUGAUUACAAAUCACAUUGCUUAAAGAUUAAGGAUCAGAUUGCUGUUGUGGAGUAGCAGGCUAUUUUUAAUUACCAACUUUGUUACAUAAAAUCAUAUAUGUUUUAGACCAUUCUUAUCUAGUUAUAAUUUAAGAAAAUUAACAAAAUAAGCAGGUACUUAUUGAAGUGCAUCUUUUCAGUCUAAAUGUUUCUCUGUGUGUCUCAGUGUCUGUGUGCCCAUGCACACAGGAGUGUCCAUGGGCAGGAGUCAGCUGCAGAGUCAGAAGGUGAGAUCCCAGAGAGGAUACACCCAUCCCAAUUUUAAUUUAUGUGAAAAGUGAGGUUCUUUUAAGCACUCAAAUUAUUAACAAAAAGAACAGGCACAUCCAUUUAUUUAAAUAGUUCUAAAAAAGCUAAUUAGCAAAAAUAAAUAGUAUACAAAUACACAGAGCCAAAAAAAGGGAAAGCACAAAAUGAUUUACAGAUUAUUAAUGAGGCCUAUGUUAAACUCAAGAGGUUUAUCUUCUCAGUUUUAUUAGGGUUGGGGUUGGGGGUGGGAAGGAGAGAGUGAGCCAAUCUAAUCUGUUAAACUGAAAAUACCAAAUGGCUUAUUGGGUAACACGUAGUACAUUUCAGCUGCUGUUACCUGAUUGCCUUAGACUACUCAAAUAACUAAGAUCAACAAAGCUUCCUAAGUUUAAAGAUUUAGAUAUAAUUUAAAAAUUAUAUCAUACAACUCACAUAUUUGAAAGUCUUCACUAGCAUCCUAGCAUCACCUUCUUUAAAUAUCAUUUAAAUGAUCAUUCCCCUUUUUCCUCCCCAAAAGGCAAUGAAUUUGCACUAUCACACACACACAAAGGCAAACAAACAAAACACCUUAAAGCUGCAAAGAUGUGUAUCUACUUCAUUGUGCAUUAGAAAAGGUUUACAGGUAAAAUUAAAAUCUAAAAAGAAAAAAAUCAUUCUUCAUUAUGACCCUCCUUUCUGAAUUUUUUCACUUUCCCAUUCACCACCCCCAGGACUAUAUUAUAUCUAUAUUGGACCAAAUGUAUUUACUGGUUUCAUCUUGUUUAUUGAAUGAUUUUCAGUAUUUAUUAUCAUUGUUUAAUGUUGGAUAUAUUUGUGUUGUGAGAGGAAUCUGAUAAAUAAUGGGCAAAUUUAGAUUGAUGGAAUUUAGGGAUUGGGUACCCUCCAGGAUUCAACAUCUCUUCCAGUUGUUCACGGUUUGUUCUAAAUUAGGACAGAUGAGAGGAAUCAAAUAUUAUUACAUUUCAAUAAAUAUUACAAUAUUCUAAUGUCUUUUAUGAACACAGGAACAUUGAUUCUUUGUGACUAGGGUAGGCAGUUCUGACCAAUAGAUAAAAUAACAUCUGUGGUCUUUGCUAUUUCCAGUUAUCUGUAAUCCACAGAAAGACACACACAGCUUAAACAAUUUUGACUUUGAAUUGUGAAAUAUUAUUAGAAAAUAAAAACGUAAUUUAUACAGUUGAGCAAAUUGGAGCAAACAUUGAAUUUUUUUUCAUUUUUUAAUUCACAGAAACGAUUAUCUUUUCUAAAUAAUGUUAUGACAGUAACACUCAGUAGAUUUACUAAUGAGUGAAAGUACACAUUUUAAGGACCUCUUAAUAUUUCUUGACAUUGUAAUAAAAUACUAGUCAUGAAAGUAUCUAUAUAGACCCAGUGCUAGAUUUUCGGUGAGGAAAAAUGUGAGGAGGACAUGUUGGCUAUUUUUAAGUUUCUAAAAAGAUAUUUGCAUGUAGUAGUAUUGAGUAUCAUGGGUAUAGUUUGACCUUCAGAUACAAUUUGAGAAUCAUACCCAAAAGAUUUGCAUUCACAAAGCCAGUGAACAAUGGGAUGAAAUGGCUGAAAUAUCUCCUUGGAACACAGGACCCAAUUUAAAAUUUUUUCUCUGGAUAUCAAAUGGCUGGUCACUUUUUCAGGAUUCUCAUCCAAACUAUGUUUGGACUGACUGUAUAAGUCUUACUGCCUUUUCAGAAAUCUGCUUUCCUUUUUGUGCUUUUUCUUGUACUGUAUAGCACGGUUCAUGCACCUCUCUUUAGAUGGUGUACUUUAAAAACAAAAGUAAAUUUUAGAAAAUGAUUUUUAACACUGCAUACCUAAAAUUAGUAGUGUGCAUCAUUGACUGCCUUUGAUUUGUAGUAGACAUGUAAAAAUGAACACGUUCUUGUAGAAUGCUGUCAAAGUCAUUCAGGACUGAAUAUGGUUUCAUAACCAUAAUCAUGAAACUUUUUACAUGAACGCACUCUCUAGAAGUGCAAAUUGUGAUGCAUUUUCAAAUUGAAAAAUUCUUCAGAUGUAUUUGAAAUGUCUAAAAUAAUGCUGUGCUUGAAACAUUAGUGUAAAAAAGUAUAGGUCACUGUGAUGUUGGUCCUCCUUGUGUGGACACAAGUAGAAAGUAAAAAACUUUGGCAAGUCACCUUUGUGUACAAUUUGAGGCAGUGGUUAUAUUACAAUGAAUUGACCUUUGUUAUAACCUCCCCUCCUCCAAAUUCCUGGUGAGAAAAAUAAUAAUCAUCCAAAAACUAAAGUUAGAGUUUAUGACUUGUAUGAAUCACACCAGAACAUGGGGGAGAGGGGUUGACAUGCAGUGCUACUGAAAAUUAGGCUUGUCACUAGAUCAGAUCAACCUCCAUGUGUGUGGUUAGAACAAAUCAAUUAAUGGAAUCCUAGUAUUUCUGCAAGUUUGGUGAUUUUUAAAAACUGGGAUAGAAGCAUUAAUUCAGUGCUUAGUUCUAGCAUUAGAAAACCCCUUUAAUGUAAUGCCUUGUAUUAACCCUUUGAGCAUUGUAAGAUAUACAAUGGGGGACAAAAGCCUUUCAGAUCAUUUAUUUAGACUUAGACCGGUAAAAUAUACUCUAUAUCCAAAUGUCUAAUUAUGCUGUUUUUUUAAAGGGGGGGUAGGAAGAUAAAGUGUUUCCAUGCUGAACACUUGCAUUUUAUAUACAACUCUUAAUUUUCUUCAAGAGGGCUUGAUAUAUUUAUUCCCAAAUAUUCACUGCCAUCUAAGGAAGUGUACUGUUUACAGAAAAUAAAAAAUCAACUUUUCUAGCAUCACAUCAUCUCUAGAAAAGGAGGACAAAUACAUGGGCCUGUAGACCUAUGUCAUUACUGAUCUCUGCACAUUGAAAGUACCUAGAUUGCCUUUAAAAGGUAUGAUAAAGAAAGGGUUACAUUUUUUUUCCCCAAACAGAACAAAAGAUCUCGUUUAUUUAGCUUUAGAAAGUACAGUUGUAAGUGAAGCCUUAGAAACGAGUGGAUAAAGAAAAGCUGAACUAUGGGGGCAGGUAAGCUAUUUGGAGUUAGAUCUCUCAUAAAAUAUUGUUUGGGAAUUUCAUGUAGGGCAUAAUUUUAUCUAUGCUCCAAAACUUUAAUACUUUGUCAAAAUAAUUAUAUAUAGAUAGAAUGGCACUUGAUUUUAAGCUCAUCUGUCAGGAGAUGCUAUGACUACUGCUUCUGGUAUCUGUAAAUGCCAGUGUGCUUACACAGUUGCUGACUUUGUUCAAGGGCCUCUCUGCGUGCACUGGGCCCCCUUUGUCCCCUGCUCAAGGGAACUUGAGAGCCGUGUCAUCUGCAGAUGUGCUUGUGCUGCGCUAGCCAGGCGCUCAUAAAGAGUGUAACCUAUUCUGAUGUCUGGUGCAAGGACAUCCAUAGCAUAGUGCAAGUUUGCCGUAAACGUUGCUUUUUUUAGGCAGUUUAGGAAGUCAAACCAUGCAAAUUACUCAUGUGUUAACAUGCAAUACUCAAAGGGUUUUAAUUUAACUCUCUUCUUUUGAAUUCUUCAUGAUGAUUUACUGUAAAUGCUUCUAAGUUUGCAUGCCUUGAUCAUUGCUGCUAGUGAUUUUAUGUGCCAGUAGACCUGAGUUUAGUUUACCAAUUUUACUUAAAUAGUAAAAGCCACUUACAAAGUGACUGCCUAGGAUUUCUUUUUUUUUUUUUUUUUCUUUUGGUUUGAAGUAAUUGGUAAUAUGUCCUAUUUUCAAAGAUGUAUUUUGUCUCGUAUUUGGUUCUGGUAUUUGAUCGUUUCCCCUCCCCUCCACUUCUUUCCUUUGUUUUUUUUUUAAAUGAAUUAUGAUGUUGGGAUUGGAAGCCCUGAGUAAUGAAAUCUUUGGUAAGGAUUGUUUUUAUGUAGCUCAGUAAUGAGGACAAGUCUUUAUUAGAGGGAUUAUGAUUCUGGGGAGGAAAAGAAAAAGUGAAAACUCCCAUUGACUGUUGAUAACCAAGUAAAUUUUUCCUUCAAUGAAUUAAUACUUUUGAAUAAAUACUUGCCUUGUUUUAACCUGCUAAACACAAUUUUAAAUGACCCAGUAACAGAGGUAUUGAAUUUUAUUCGUUUAAAAAGCAUCUUUUGUACCAAAGCAAAUUUUUUUCUCAUCUCCAUCAUCAAUUGGGACCUAUGGUGGUGACCAAUGCGUUGGUUACAGAAACUAUAAGUGAGUGCCUUGAGAAAACUUGGAAAUUUGUGCCUGGGGUGGUAAACUUUUAAUUAGGUUAAUUGUAGUGCUUACCAAUCAGUAAUUCUACUAUCACUCAGGGCUUUCGUACCUUCUAGGUAAAACUUAUUUCAUUGUGUUUUUUUAAAAUAUUGUAUUUUUUUUUAAGUGCCAUCAUUUAAAUUUCACUUAGUAAGUGGCAGAUUACAUUAUUCAGUCCCACAAGCACAGAAACAUAGUAACACUAGGAGAUAUUUGAACAUUUAUUUUACAAUCGACUGAAUAUAUUAUGUAAAUGAGGUAAGCAACUUUUGUAGAGAUUGUAUGUGUGAGAUAAUGUAAUGUUCUUUUCCAGUUUUGGACUACAGUUGAAUAAACUUUUUAAUUAUUUAAAAACAUCUUUACCGAAUAACAUGUGAUGGUUUUUUGUAUAAUGUAUUUGAUUUUGUAAAUACGUAUUUCCUGAUGUGAUUUUUGUGAGAAAUGCUAAAUCUUUUAGUAUAUCAUGUCCUCUCAAAAUUGGCAGGAGCUAAAUAAUAGUUUGUGGGCGAUUUGUAUUGUGUACUGUACAAUAACUGGGGAACUUUUAUAAUUAUAAAAAUAUAUAUUAACUUUUAGUGUGUUGUUUAAACAAAUGACUGGAACAUACUAAAGAUAUUAGUAGGAUUUUUCUGAAUAUUUCAGACUUGAACUCAGGCUAGCUUCCUUGUGUUUUUCAAAACAAAAUGGUGUCUUGUCUUUUAAAAUCAAUAAAUUUGUUUCCUUGUUACAAAUA